AUGGAGGAGAGACCAAGGUUGGAACAUACAAACAAAAGUGAUGAUGAUGAUGAUGAUGAUAGUGACGAUGCUGAUAAGGAUGAUGAUGAGUACAAGUAUAUUGUCAGGGUCUGUGAUAAGUCCUCGAGCUACAAUAGUAACAAGGCAAGGCCCAACAAAACUGUUGAUUUCCAUAGUCUUAGGCCUACAUCGCCUUCUAUUUCGGUUGAUGAGUAUCAGUCAGAGGAGUACGUAGAGGUGUUUCUUUAUGGUUUGGGAUGGCGUCAAGGACGAGUGAUUGAAACUCUCCCUUAUAAAUGGUAUACAGUGCUUUUAGAGCCGACAAAUAAGGAGUUUCCAUUCAAACACUCGGAUCUUAGGCCUUUACAGUUUUGGGAAAAUGGCGUUUGGAAGACAAGGGAAUCGUCGUCAACUCAGGGUCAAGGAUCAGGAGAUGAGACUGAAAGUUCUGUGACGAAUGCAAAUGAAUCUGAUCAACCUUUAACUCCACCUCCGGGCAUAACUACACCACAGUUGAUACAAGUAGAAGCUGAAACUCAAAGAAAGGUACUCCCCGAGAAGACACUUCCAAGGAAUCAGAAUGGCUCGGGAGACGAGUCAUCUCAAGAGAAUGGAAAUAGCGACCAUAUUAAUCGAAAGAGGAAAAGAGAAGAAAACCUUUGUUCUGUUGCUAGUGUUGAGGAAGACAAAGCAAUGGAUACAACAAUGGUUUUUCCCUUUGAGAAGAAGUUACCGAUUUGGAAGACACUUGAAUCAAUGGAGAUAUUUAAAACAGUCCCACAAAGUCCUCAUUUCAUCCCAUUAGUGGAGACUAGAGAAGAUUCCCGUGAAAUGUCAGCGGUUGGUAUGAUGCUUACCUUUUCUGGUUUACUCGAGGAACUCAAAGCUCUGCAACACGACGAUCCCAUGUGCUCAUUACUAAGCCUCAGUGAUUCCUUUUCCAAGUUAGAGAAACACGGUUUCAAUGUAAAAGCACUUCAGUUACGGAUCAGUAAGCUGUUGUCGCUCAGAGAUAGGCAAUCAGAGAACACAGAUGAACUCAAAAAUGCCGAGAAAGUAGCUGCAGAGAAAGAGUGCGUAAAGGCUGAGAACGAGCGCAAGAUUCUGGAGCUGCAGAGGCUGAAUGAAGAAACGGAGAAAGAGAUAGCUCAAAGUAAGUCAUUUGCAGCAAAGAUUGUCCAAGAGCUUGAUGAUGGGAAGCUUGAGUUUCAGACAACUGCAUUGGCUCCAUGGUAAAAAAAAAGUGAUAUGACCUCUAAGCUAAUUAUUUUCUAGUAUGUAAAUGAAAACUUAGAUUUCUGUAAUUGAAAAGACUAGGUUGGCCCUUUUGCACGGAUGGUGAAUGAUGUUUAGUUUUAAGUUUUAACUAGUUAACUAGGACCCCUGUUGCGCGGGGGAAUAUUUAGGGAUAGAUUUUUCUUUUACUUUUUCUGUUUGUUUCAAAUAGAACAAAAGAGAGUGAAGUAUAUAUAGUA